AGUAGAGGACCAAAAAGUGCUCAUUGCUUUUGGAGAACUGCAAACAUGCUUAGGUUUCUGUUGCUGACCUCUCUCACCGCCCUGGUGCUGGCUGAGCUGGAGCCCCAGCCCAGGUUCUUGGAGGAUGAUGAAGCAGAGGAGAGAGUUGUUGGAGGCGAGGUGGCCAGACCCAACUCUUGGCCCUGGCAGAUCUCUCUUCAAUACAAAUCUGGCAGCAACUUCUACCACACCUGUGGAGGAACUCUUAUCAAAAGAGGAUGGGUCAUGACCGCCGCACACUGUGUCGACCGCUCCAGGACUUGGCGAGUGGUUCUGGGAGAUCACAACAUCAACAGCCAAGAGGGCAGAGAGCAGUACAUGAGCGUGAGUCGCGUCUACCUGCACCCCAGGUGGAACCCAAGCAAUGUUGCUGGAGGGUGGGACAUCGCUCUCCUGCGUCUGUCCUCUGAUGCUUCCCUCAACAACUACGUCCAACUGGGUGCCCUCCCCCCCUCUGAUCAGGUCCUGCCCCACAACAACCCCUGUUACAUCACUGGAUGGGGACGCACACAGACUGGAGGUCAGCUGUCUGCUCAGCUGAAGCAGGCCUACCUGCCCGUGGUGGACCACAGGACAUGCUCCAGCUAUGGAUGGUGGGGCAGCACGGUGAAGGACUCUAUGGUGUGUGCCGGUGGCGGCAGCGACUCCGGUUGCCAGGGCGACUCCGGCGGACCCCUGAACUGCAGCGUUAACGGCAAGUGGGUUGUGCACGGCGUGACCAGCUUUGUGUCGUCCUCUGGCUGCAACACCUACAGGAAGCCCACCGUCUUCACUCGCGUCUCUGCUUACAUCAGCUGGAUGAACAGCAUAAUGGGUUGAAUAGCAUCUACAAACGCCAUCAGAAUAAAAUGUUCCACAACA